CUACGCUGUGUACGGAGUACGGACACCGGAAUUUUAAAUUGUAAAGUUCAUUUUCAAUAUCAAUUUAAGUAUUUACUAUUAACAAUGGUAUUCGAUUCAAAGUUUCGCAAUACUCUAGAAAAUAUAAUCCACAAUACACCACACGAUCCUUACACCUUGCCGGUUUCAAAAGAAGCAUUCCUAAAAAUACAUUUUCAAAAUUCUGACAGUACUUCUAAUUUAGAAGAUGGGAUAUGGCCAGUAUUACCGUUUGCAGAAUCAGAUAUAUGUCAAGUUCACAUAAUUAAAUGGCGAAGAUUGUCUGCUGUGGAGGCAAAUUGUAAACCUGUAUAUGAGGUGGACUUUGAUAUUACAGACAGUUCUAUUAAUUUUAAGCCUGGAGAUACUAUAGGCAUACUUCCAACAAAUACAGACACAGAAGUGGAUUUUAUUAUUAGUCACUUAGGGCUAAAUGCAGUUAAAAAUAUGAAUUAUUCAUUGAGCAUAGAGAAUGGGAAAAAAGGUAAAAUACCACAACAUAUUCCUGCAAGUUCAACAAUUCAACAUGUUCUUAAACAUUGUGUGGACUUGAGAGGACUAUUUAAAAAGAUGUUUCUACUUCAUUUAUCAAGAUUCACUGAACAAGAAUUAGAGAGAAGAAUUUUGGAAUAUCUUUGUAGUAAGGAAGGAUCUAAUGAUUAUACCAUAUAUAUCCUAGAAAAGAGAUUAAGCUUAUGUGACAUUUUUCAUUUGUUUCCAUCUUGUAAGCCGCCUGUACAAAUAUUAUUUGAACAUCUACCUAGAUUAUUACCAAGACCAUAUUCAAUUGCAAAUAGUCCACAAGUAAAUCCAAAUAUUGUUAGGAUAUGUUUCUCUGUAAUGGAAACUGGUGUUGAGAGAAAGGGGCUAACAACAGGUUGGUUAGAAGAUAUUAUUUCAAAUGAUAUGAACAUUACAAUGAAAACUUUGAGUCUUGAUGACACACCAAAUGAAUCACCAAGAGUACCAAUUUAUUUGAGGAAGAAUGUCAACAACUUUGUGUUGCCAGAUCAUGACAAACCCAUAAUUCUAAUUGGUCCAGGGACUGGCGUUUCUCCAUUUAUUGGUUUUCUUCAAGAAAGGGAGUCUUUUAAAAAUGAACAGAUACUAGGGAGUGCUUGGCUGUUUUUUGGAUGUCGGAACGCUGAAUUGGAUUAUAUUUACAAAGAAGAACUAGAGAGAUUCUUACAAAAUGGAGUAUUAAGUAAACUUUGUACAGCAUUUUCAAGAUCUAACAAUUGUGAAUUUAAAUAUGUACAGGAUGCUAUAUAUGCUCAUGGCGAAGAAGUCGUUAAACUUUUGAGAGUUGGCGCCUAUGUAUACCUCGCUGGUGAUGUAAAAAAUAUAGCAACACAAGUAAAAGAUGUUCUUAUACAAUGUAUUGCCAAACACAAUAAUUGUUCAAAGGAUGAAGCAAAAGAAUAUUUGACUAAUUUGGAAAAAAAUAAGAGGUAUCUCGUUGAUAUAUGGAAUUGAUUACCAAAUUUAUAUCAAUUUGUAAAUAAAAUAUUUGUUGUUGAUG